AUGUGGAAUAAUGGUGAAAAACCAUUAGAUUCUAUUGAAUACUUAGAUUUGAUCGAAAUGUCAAAAGAUUUUUAUCCAGCUGUAGCCGACGCAAUCAAGAUCGGAGCAACUCUUCCAACAACAACUUGCAGCAUUGAACGUUCAUUCAGUACUUUAAGACGAGUCAAGACAUGGAACAGAGCCACUAUGGGUGAUAACCGAUUGUCCGGAUUGUGUAUGAUGAGUGUACAUAGAAAAAGACUAGGAGAGGAUACCAAAUUCAUUGAAAAUUCAAUUGAAGAAUUUGGAAAAAAACCUAGGCGUUUGCAAUUAUUAUUUAAAAAAUAA